AGCGCUGUCUGAAAGUGUAUGACUUAUCCUAGAUGGAACACCCGGAAGCAAGUUCCGAAAGGGAUUUUUAUAACCAAGGAUGAGCAUCACCUGAAAAAAGAGUUUAAAGAUUGAGGGGGGAACUCUAGGAUUUCACAUAGGAGUUAAUUCACUGAGUGAAGGAAAUUCCCAAAGGGAGUUAUUAUACUCUAUGAGCCAUAUAGGAUACUGAGAGUAUUUUGGGUACACACCUGCAGAGUGAGAACAAAACAAUGUUUUAGGGUAAAAUACCCUAAAAAACUUAGCGCUUCUUGGUGAUAGUCCUUGAUGAAAUAAUCUUCAAAGUGAUUGUGUGCAGCUUCCGCUCCAAAUCAGCUCCCCUUUAGUUGAGCCUCAAAUGUGUGUGCAGAAAAAUGUCAAUGGAAGUGCAUAAAAUAAAACAGAAACAAAAUAUAGUGCAGAUCAAAUGGAUAUUGUGUGAACCAAGAUCCCAUAAGUGCUUAACAAAUAGUUAAUGCCAAAGUGUAACACCCAAUCCUAGUGUCUCAUAUAUAUGCUCACCAGACACCCAUUAAAAGUACAGCAUAUAAAACAACCCGACUGGCUCACUUUACUGGCUCCUGAGGAAGCGUGCAGAGAGCACGUGAAACGCGUUGAGCUGCAAUUGAUUACUGCUUUUAUCGUUGUACACACUGAUGAGCUUCCCUAUACCAGAGGAAAAUUAUGAAUCUUGCUAUGCAGAGGACAUUUCUAGAGAUGCUGACCAAGGGGCUAGAGCAUCUCAGAAUCCCUCUGGCCGUGGUCAGCAGAUGUAUCUUCCAAGUAAAGACACAUGCUAUGGCUCCCAGUCCCCUGAUCGAAUGGGUAUAAAUAACUUGGAAGCUCCACAAACUCUUAUUUCAUACAGCUUGGACCAUGGAAAUAAUCUCAAAGGAGACGGGAGGCAAUAUCCACACUGCAUGCUCAAUGCUAAUGUGCCUCUACAACAGCAGUAUUACCAUGAACCACCCCAGCAGUCAAACUACAAUAUACCACAGCGACAGAUUGCUAUGCCUGUGGCUGCUGUUCCGUACAGAAUGGAUGAAAGUGAGGGGCAAAAAAAUCUGGAUCGUAGAAGGUAUGAAGAGAGUGCCCGAAUCGAACCAAGAGGUGUACUAAAGACAUGCAAUUUACCAGAAGAAAUGCGUAAAGUCUUUAUCACAUACUCUGUAGACACUGAAUGGGAGGUUCUCCGCCUUGCAUAUCUUCUCUGUGCCAAUGGAUUUCAGGCCUGUGUGGAUGUACUCGAGGGACCAUCAAGAGGCAUAGACAGUAUCGGGUGGAUGGAAAGGUUCCUCAGUGAUAUGAGCAUCAUGAUAAUAGUAGCGAUCAGUCCACAAUACAAGGUGGACGUAGAAGCUGAUUCAUCCCGUACUGCUGAUGAUCAUGGUCUGCAUACUCGAUACAUACACAAAAUGAUGCAAUUAGAGUAUAUAAAUCAAGGAUGCUUGAAUUUCAGAUUUAUUCCAGUGCUUUUCCAAAAUGCCACAAUGGAGCACGUGCCAACCUGGCUGAGAAACACUAACAUUUAUCGGUGGCCAAAGCAAACAAAACAUAUCAUCCUGCGUUUAUUACGGGAGGAGGAAUUUAUAACCCCACCUCUUGGAAACUUGCCAUUGCUUCAAGUACAGUCAAUCUUAAAACCUUCAUGAGGGCAAUAUAGUGGGCCUGCAAGGUGUCUUGGUUAAGGUUCUUCACAUGUCAACAAGCCGCUGGGAGGAACCAGACAUGAUAUCCAGCAUUUUUUUAAUUUUAUGCUUAAUUGGGGCAUUUCAGUAGGGGUAUGAGCAUUAUUGUAGAUGCUUGGUUUUAUUUCUAUGUGAUUAAUAUGAAGUUUGCAUAGUUAGCAUGGCACUUCAUUUUAGUGUGUGCUACAGCCUUCACUUAUACAAAACCGCACAUUCUUGCACAUCUACAAACUUUUACAUUAGAAUGCAUUAUGCUACAGGCAUUGAUUCUAAGGGAAAAUGAAUAGGAAAAAUUGGUUUGGUGGUAAAAAUCAACAUUCUUCACUUAUUAAUAGGUUUCUAGCCAAUAAGGAGUACUGUACAUCUCUGUCAGUGCUUAUAAUGACAUCCAUUUUUCAGAAACAUUUUUGAAUGGAUCUGUAAUCCAUAAUCCUGUCACUAGAUGGUGCAAUAAGAUAGAAUGUGCUUAUACCUUGUUUUGCUCAUAAAUGUCAUUUGGUGUAGCUGCUAGGCCUGGAGGCAGAAUCCCUUAGCUUUUAAUAUUUGUUUCUAUUGAUAAUUGCACCAAAUCUUGAUGGAUAAAUCCUUAAAAAAAGAUUAUUUUGCAGAUGUUUUAUAUUUUCUAAUUAAAUAAAAAAAUGAAAAUCAAAA